AUGAGCGCAUGGCUUCAGCUCGGUUGUGGGCAGCGGCCGCUGGCUGGGCCCCCAGGGGCGUCUCGGAUAGUCGGUGGUCGGGAGGCUCCACAGGGGGCGUGGCCCUGGCAGGUCAGCAUCCAGUUGUUGUCUAAGCACCACUGCGGGGGGACAAUCCUCAACAACCUCUGGGUGCUCUCGGCCACACACUGCUUCCACAAAUACAGAUGGCUGAGCCGAAGGUUUUUUCGUGUGGUGGCAGGACUUCACGUUUUGUCCACUCGAGGAGAUCAAACGCAGAUCCGCUCCAUCAGACGGAUGAAAUUGCAUGAGGACUACGAUGACAAAACAUCUGACAAUGACAUUAUGCUGGUGCAGCUUAGCUCUCCGCUCAACUUCACCGACUACAUCCAGCCUGCCUGCACCCCUCAGAAUGUGAGCCAAGAGUUCAACCUCAACUUCAGCCACUGUUUCAUCACAGGAUGGGGGAGCAAAUACUACAAAGGCCAUCUGACAAGCAGACUGCAGGAAGCUGAGGUGGAGCUCAUUGACAGGAGACGGUGUAACCUGCCCAGCUGGUAUUACGGCAGUGUCACUGAGAACAUGCUCUGCGCAGGACUGGAGAGCGGAGCAAUGGACACCUGUCAGGGCGACAGCGGAGGACCCUUGAACUGCUACAGCGACAGCGAGGAGAGGUUUUAUGUGUUAGGAGUGACGAGCUUUGGAGAGAAGUGCGGACUUCCUCGCAGACCGGGGGUGUACUCUCGUGUCAGCAAGUUCACAGAUUGGCUGAAAGAAAGCCAGACGGUUCCAACAUCUGCUGCUGCAGACCAGCUGCACAUAAGGCUCGUCUCAGCUCUGCUCAGUGCUGCUCUGAUGCUGCUCUGA